CUUUUGUCUGGCCCUCAUCACACCUGAUGACCCAUCCCUAUGACUGCCAUACCAUCACCCGUUGCUGUUCCCUAGCCUGGAUUCCUGGCCAACGCACCCUAGCGAUCCACUAGGCCUACUUGCCCUAUUACAAUUCCUUUUUAUGCCUUUAAUGCAACAGGACAGUGAAGAAUGACAGGAACUUUCUGUUGCUUUGGAGAACAUAGUGAUGAUCGCUUCUUUCCAUGAUGGGGAUACAGUUUUCUUUUAAAAUUCACUCGAAGGUAGUGAGAAAAAGUGGAGUUAGCGCUUGGGUAAGUUUGUUAUACUACUCAGGUGGAAAUCCAUCACUACCUGGUGCCUUAUCACUAGAUGACGAUCAGGAUGUCAGCAAGAAGCACCUCCAGUAUGUAGUUUUUCUCCAUAGAAUUAUGUAUUUGUAGUGUUGAUGAUUGUCCCUGGGUUAAUUGGUAUCAUUUGAGUGAAUCUGUUUAAGUAAGUUGCAUCAUCAUAUACUGUACUUUUUAUUGCAUAUUUUUGAAAAUAUAUUGAAGUGGACAAUACAUGUAGCGCUUAAGUUAACAGUUAUUGUUAUUGCAAAAAAACCCAUUAUAUUCAAGGUAUAUUGAAUGUAUAUCAGCAUAUUCAGAACACCAAUAACAUCCAAGUUGGUGACAAAAUCUUGACAGCACACUUUGGGCAACAUACGUAGAGUGCAAAACUACACUGUAAAAGCUUUUUGCAGUUCCAUCCCUGACCACAGAACUACAUACAGUAGUACACAGUCGGAAUGUCAGGUGUUUAUCUGUAUGUUUCUAGCCCCUACUGUCUUAUUGGAGACUGACUUGGGGGCCCACUACUUGUGACUGCCCAUACAUAUUUCUGAGAUUGAAGGGGACUUCACAUUGCACGUGGCUUGCACUGCGCUCGCUGCUAGGUUGCUCUUGGUUGAGGUAAUGUCCAAAAGAUUUUUUAUAUCCAACAUGAUUGAACUCGACUGUGACGCGCAAGAGGGGUAAAGUGCCAAAAUGCUGCUUGUCCUGCGCUUUAUUCAAUGCAGCGACAUACCAAACCUUGCAUAAGCAAACCAUUGAAAAGAAUGGGUUUCAUAGUGUAGCACUGCUGUUUCACGUGCAAUGUAAACCCACUUGAGAGUAAUUGCAGGAAUGUGACCCAGUGCAUAUGAGUGUGUACAAGUAUCCAUUUUUGCAAGGUGAAAGUGCUGCCAUCAAGUGGUCAAACUUGUGCCCCAUAGGCCACUUUAGAAUAACACAGGUGUUGCGCUGCAACUACUUCAGUAUAUUUUGUAUCUUUGCAGUGCCAAGCAAAUAAAAGAAAAUGAAAAGACUGGACCAUAAAGAAUUCAUUAUUAAUGACAUAUCAUGCUGGCCAUUGCAUUACAAAUGUGUAAUUAUAAUGUUUAUUGUGCCUAUUUGCAAGCAUUUUACCUCUUUAUUUGUGUCCACAAUCCAGAAUAGAUUAGGACAGAAAUGUGAGUGUUGGCAAUAACAAAGUGUUCAUCUUCAGGACAGAACUUUAGAAUGAGACCGACAGCAUUAUCACUGUAAAAUCUUGAGCUCAUUAAGUCAGAUCCUAUUUCUCUGCCCACAACACCCCCCACUCAUGUUGCUGCGGGCUCUGCUCCGGGGGGCAUAGGGGCAUGCCUUGUGAGUUCUCUGGAUGCCAGCUCUGGUCCUCCACUGCACUACCCGCUCAUUGGUAUGCUGCACACAGGGCACGGCAACACACGCAUCGGGAAAGCUGCCAUCCCAGAUGGGUCAUGGAAGGAGUCAGAAUGCACAGCUGGGCAUGCUACCCUUUGUACGAGCAGUGGUGGAGGAGAGGGCCGAAUCAUGAGCUGGACUACCUUGUACACCCAGCUGGCCGGUGUGAACCGCCAGUCCACCAGCUUGGGCAAGGUCUGGCUCUCGGUGCUCUUCAUCUUCCGCGUCACCAUCCUGGCCCUGGCAGCUGAGGCAGUGUGGGGCGACGAGCAGUCGGACUUCACAUGCAACACGCUGCAGCCAGGCUGCGAGAACGUCUGCUACGACCACUUCUUCCCCAUCUCCCACGUGCGCCUCUGGUGCCUGCAGCUGGUGUUUGCGUCCACACCGGCCCUGCUGGUGGCCAUGCACGUAGCCUACCGCAAGCGCAGUGACAAACGCCGUGUGCUCCGCAACAGGAAGCCAGCGGCCGGCGUGCCCUCUGGCCACACCAAACAGCAGGAGGAGCAGCUGGAGAGCAUCCGGCAGCAGCGGCUGCACAUUGCAGGCACACUGUGGUGGACGUAUGCCCUCAGCCUGGUCUUCAGACUGCUGUUGGAGGCGGCAUUCGUUUAUGCGCUGUACGCCAUCUACGGAAGCUUCUGGAUCCCUCGGCUGGUGCGCUGUGAGCAGUGGCCCUGCCCCAACGAGGUGGACUGCUUCGUGUCGCGCCCCACUGAGAAGACAGUGUUCACCAUGUUCAUGGCGGCAGCAUCGGGUGCGUGCAUGGUGCUCAAUGCGGCCGAGCUGGUGUACCUGGUGGCCAAAGCACUGGUCAGCUGCCCCCGGCCGGCCACCAGGAAAGGGGCCGGCUCCUCCGCCGCCAGCAACUGCUCGGCUAAAAACAAAGGACUGCUGCAGAGCAAGAAGAAUGAGACCUUGCUGUCCUCUGUGUCCUCCAUGGCAUCCAGUGCCAAGGCUGUGUGAGCUUUGUGCCACACACACAUACACACACACACACACACACACACACACACACAGACACACACAGACACGCACUGGUGAAAGUACAUACAGUACAGCCAUACCAGUGCAAUACACCUAAAUAUACAUGGGAAGCUGGAUUACAAACCUCUUUUACACUCACAAAACUGAAAGCUUGUUCCCAUAAGAAAUUACAGAAGGGUAAUGAGUAUGAAUCUCAAUAGAUGUCUACACAGUGUGUCAUAGAUCAGCAGGGUAAAAAAUAGAGUGAUGUAUAGCACAAAUGUUAGCUUUCAGAUGAACAGAUUAUGAUUUAUGUCGUCAUGUCUUCUAAGGUGUAUGAAAUAAAUAAGUGCUGGGUCUGGCACACACUAGCAAAGCAUAUUCAGAAGCCUUAUAUGGGGCCGCUCUGCCACCUAGUGGUUGAUGGAGAGAGCUAAGAGAAGGGAGAAAUGUACAUGCAUUAUACAACUUUUUUGGGAAUUGUUUCUAUAUUACAUAGAACACAGAAAACAGACAAACAUUAGUGGUUGUGAAGAUGAUGAUGAUGAUAAUGUAAAAACAUGAUGUUUAAAAUAGAUUUGAUCGUGAGAAAACUGAAAGGAAAAUCAUUUCGAAAUUACAAUAAAG